CCUUGCAUGGCUCAUGGCUCUAGACGCGUCGUUCGUGCUCGAGUGCAUGCAGUUCUACGUCAAACGAGCGGAUCGCACUUCUUCGCAAUAGUCAUCCCAGGUGAUGCGAUUAGGCAGAGUUUUAGAUAGAACUCGCAGAAGUGCAACCCAUAAUUCAAUUAUGAGAGAUCUGAUGAUGCUCGAGAAUCAGUUACCUUUGUUCCUCGUGCAGAAGCUGCUAGAAAUGCAGUUGGGUUCUCAAGAUAAGGCGGAAGAAAGGCUUUCCAAUCUGGUGAGUCUCGUCUGUCAAGAAUGGUCGCCAUUUAUGUUGAAGAUGCGGGAUAGUUCAAGGCUGUGCAUAAAAGAGAGGGGUCACAUAUUGGAGGUGCUAUACUACUCUAUUGUCCCUGCAGCAGCAAUGGACGAUACCAUUUCUAAGAAGAAUGAUGACGAGAAUGUCUCUUUGCCGGACUCAACCUGCAUAACGCGUGCUCUGAAAGCUUUAUGGAACGUUCUCUCCUCGUUAAAAAUCAGUCUUGCUCAACUCUUGUCGGCACUCUCUGAGCGUGUCUUAAAAGGGAGGCCUGUCCAGUUGGUGACGCAGUUGUCCACGAAUCUUGUCUCUGCUUUUGAAACUCUAUCCAUUAAGCGCAAAGAUGAAAAUGAUGAGGAAACAGAUGAGGAGAGAGGAUAUUCCACAGUGGAAAUUCCUCCAACAUGUGACGAACUAGAAAUUCCCUCGGUCGCCGAAUUAUACUCAGCAGGAGUAACAUUCCGUCCAACUGACGGAGACCUUACCACAAUUCGCUUCGACAAGACCAGUGCAACUCUUUAUCUUCCCAAAUUGAGGUUGGAUUCCAGCACAGAAGUAGUUCUCAGAAAUCUGCUGGCUUUCGAAACUUCGGUGGCUCCUGGCGCUCUGAUCUUCACUCGCUACGCUGAUUUCAUGAACGGCAUCAUCGACACAGUCGAAGAUGUUCGGCUGCUGCGAAAGAGCGGUAUUAUCUACAAUCACCUGGCAGACGACGGAAAAGUCGCAAGCCUGUGGAACGGCAUGGGUAAAUGCGUCCAAUUGACGCGAGUUAAAUAUUUGGACCAAGUUAUAGCGGAUGUGAACAGGCAUUAUAAUAACAGAUGGAGCGUAGCUGCGAAGAAGUAUGUAAACAAAUACAUAUUUCGUUCAUGGCAGCUCCUCACUGUGUUGGCCGCGAGGAUACUUCUGCUUCUGACUUGCUUCCAGGCUUUUUGUUCUGUGUAUGACUGUAAGCGUUGGUGGAGCGACAGUAAUAUUUUGCAGGACUAA